ACUGGGAUUCUUGCAGCUUACUGUGUUGUUGCAAAGGAAUCUGUUAGCAAGCAGAUCUCUAUUGCUUUUCUAGAACGUGUCAGAGCAGACUUUAAGAAAAGAGAUGGUGGUGGAAAAGCAGAUACAGCUGUUGGCAAAAGUCUCAACAAGGAGUUUGAACCUGUUAUGAAAGAGCAUAUGAAGUAUAUCAUAGACCACACAGAGGAGAUUGAAAAGCUAAUAAAAGUGAAGGCUCAAGUUUCAGAAGUUAAAAGUAUAAUAUUAGAGAACAUCGACAAGGCUAUUGACAGAGGAGAAAAUCUAACCAUUCUUGCGGACAAGACAGAAACAUUGAAGUCACAGGCCCAAGAGUUCAGAAAGCAAGGAACACAGAUCCGUCGGAAGAUGUGGUAUAAGAACAUGAAAAUCAAGUUGGUUGUUCUUGGAAUUUUGUUGUUUUUAGUCCUUGUUAUCUAGCUAUCUGUUUGCCACGGAUUUGACUGUACAAAUGACCCAUGAUCUCUCAGUUUACAUAUAGGUUCUUUUUAAUGAUGUCUAAAUGCGGUAAAUAGGGAAGAAAAUCUGGUUUGACGGGGGAUUUUGGCCACUAAAAAGAAAAUGUUUCCCAACAUCUUUGCUCGCCGGGAUCGUUUAUAGUAUUUACAAGUUCUUAAAGAUAGGAAGGAGAAUGUCACUAUA